AUGGCAUCUGCGUGGCGUGGCGCAUGCGACGUUGUUAUGCUUAAGAGAGCUUCCGCUGCGUCAGACGUUGCGGGUCGGGUAGGAGGCCGGCAGAUGAGCGCGGCUGUUGCAUCACGACGUUGCCCCUGUGUUUUCUCGCCAGGCCUUGCAAAUGCUCCAGACUCAUCCUCGUUUCCCGCAGCGAGGUUGUUCGUUCUGUCGUCGCUGAAUUCCCCUCGCCGAAUUCCCCUCGCUGAAUUCGUUUGUAUCUUUUCUUCUCCCUGCAGCAUGGAGGAUCCUGCCCCCGCCCAAGACCCGCACUACGACGUUGAUCUGGGCCCCGACGUCGACGCCGCCAACCGCGUCCAGAAAAUACCCUCGGCAAAGGCCAAGAAGCGGGCAUCGCGCGCCUGUCUGCCGUGUCGCUCGCGCAAGGUGAGGUGCAUCCUCACUAGUUCGGCGGAGCCCUGCAUCAACUGCCGACUGGACGAGAAGGAGUGUGUCUUUAUUGCCAGGUCCAAGUUUUCGAGGGGAACCUCGCGUCAUGCUCCGGUUGCGGUGAAGGACGACUCGUCUACUGCACCACCUGCCGACGACUUUGACGUCUUUGGAAAUGAUCUCCCUGGCGAUGAGCAGUCAUUGGUGGUGGAUCCCGUAUCACUAGAUGCCUUGCCGUCACUCCCCCAUGACUUAGGGUCCUAUGAAUCUCUCGACGCUCUGGACCUCCCACAACUCUCAACCGCCUUUCCAGACUCUCUCUUCCCGGAAUGUCCGUGGGUCCCCCAAGAAGGGGCACAGCGGCUGCUGUUCGACCCCACGAACCCGGACUAUUCAAUCCUGGAAGCCCCCAGGGUUCACACCCUGUCCUCAGAAGACCUCGACUAUCUGUACAAGCAAGGAUGCUUUGUCGUACCGCAGAGGAGUAUCCUCAACGAAUUCAUCCAGCAGUACUUUUUGCACAUCCAUCCGAUGCUUCCGAUGUUAAACGAAGCCGACUUCUGGGCACUCUACCACCCGCAGCACUUGGACAAUGCUUCUGCAGAUAGGAUGCCUCUUAUCGUCAUCCAAGGGAUUCUAUUUACAUCUUGCAGCUUUGUCUCCGCGGAGACCAUCGAGAAACUUGGGUUCAAAUCGGUCCAUGAUGCCAAGUCGUCUUUCUACAAACGGGCCAAGCUGAUUUACGACUUCGGCCUUGAAACUUCUUCAAUAUCCAUCGCUCAAGCUGCGCUCCUCCUUUCACACUCACACUUAAUCCCACUUCCACACGGAGGAUGCAAGCACCUUGGUCCAAUGUGGCUUGGCAUUGCAAUGCACUACGCCCGUGACGCUGGAGCCCAUCGCUAUCAAUCGAUCCCAACAGAUGGAUCUCCAGUAUCUGACGAGCAACGAAAACUCAGUGCAGUUCUGAAGCGUCUUUGGUGGUGCUGCAUCAUCCGCGACCGCCUCAUGCCGUUGACAUCACGUCGCACCAUCAAGAUUACGCACUCCAACUUUAACUUUACCGGAAACCCACUGCUUGGAGUUGCAGAUCUUGCCGACGAAUUCCACAAGUCUAGCGUUUACGACCCCGCUACGAAGCGAUUCCUAGCUGAGAUCCUGGCAAAACUCGUCGAGCUCUGCGUCAUCCUGACCGAGGUUCUUACCCUGACAUUUCCCAUGCACGAUGAUCCUUCACGGGCUCCGUCACAUCCCGCCACCGAAGAAAGCCGCAUUGGAGAUUGCAGAAUGGCUUUGAGGCGGUGGUACAGCACGGUGCUGCGCAUCCAGUCAACUCCGAGCGGAGAUAUUCUCAAGAAUGUCGACACUUCCGGGUCUCCUAAUAGCUCCCCCGUUUUGUUUAUGAAUCUGUUGGAAAUGUACUAUCACCUCGCACCUCGACGUCUGGGCCACGUGGAUACCGAAGCCUAUGAAAGCAGCCAUGAGCUGCAAGGUGCAGUUUCACAAGUCACACAAUGCCUGAGGAAGCUUGUUCGUUUCCGUCUUGCCCGCUGGCUUCCAAUAAGCGCUGUUGGUUGUACCGCCUUUCCUCUUGCCCUGCAGAUCCUCGACGUGAAGCUGUUUAAUUCGCGAGCGCCAAACAGCGGGGCCAGUUCACCGACGUUUGCGCAACACAAACAGCAGCAACUCAAUGUUCUCAUCGAAGCAAUGAAAACCUACAGGCCACGAUACGACGGCGUCGACUGGGUGGCUAGAGCGGUUCGCUACAUUGUCGAUCUGGCGCAACAACAUCUUCCCGCGAUACGAACUCGAAACGGGAGUCCGGUAUCGAGCUGGACAGAAAUACUGCAGCUGCAACCAAAGUACUAUUUGCGCUUGGCCGUGACCAUGGACCUCAGCAUCCGAAACGGGAAAUUGCCACUAGAAAGCGACUUUCCUCAAAGCCUACGGGGAAUUUUCCAGGACAAGCUCUUGAUGCCUUCUCCACUGGGGAAUUUGGGUCUCCCAAAUGUCAACAGCCCAGCAAACCCAUCAAGGGUAGAAGCUGCAUUAUUCGAGACAGAGAGUCCCGAGGAAGACCGGGCCUGGCCACAUCAAGCUGAGAGCAAUCGGAGCGACUCUACAAUUUCUCUCCCCGACGAGAGUGUGGUGAGAAACGAUUCCAUGCUUGAUUUUGACGAGACGAUGUGGGAGGGUGGCACCCCAACGACAACGAAAAGAACGGAAUCCACGACUAUCGAGGGCCACAACCCAGUUAUGCAAUUGGACUAUGAAUCAGUCAUGUUUUCUUCACCAGUCGAUGCCGGAUUAUUUGGUCACGAAAGGAGGGAAUCCGCAGGCUGCUCCUUGUCCAUGAGCCCAGGUCCAUGGGGAGUUGGUCUGGCAGCAUUUGAGGCAGCAGCUUUUGGAACUGGAAACGAGGAUUCUGUUUUGGAACGACUGUUGGAGAUUUAA